GGCACUUCCUAUGGCCAUAUUUGGAGUGAGCAUCGGUGGAGCGUGAGCACAGGAAAGCAUUUCGAAGGACUAAAAUGAGCUUUUGUCUGUCGUCUGUCAUAAGAAAAAAAAUCCAAACGUUGUUUUCACAUAAGUUGACUGCGCCGCGUUCACAGAGGGAAGCAGCGUCCUGCUGCAGUGAGCUUUGAUUCACAGGAACUCUGACACGCAGCAACAAAAGAACAUUUGACACUGAGAAAACUGUCAGGAGACACAGUGAAACAUCAUGACUACGCUGCUGGACCUAAAAAGUAGUGUGCUGAGGCAGGUGCAGAGGAGCCAGUCGCUAAGGAGCCGAAGGGAGCCUCCUCCUCCGACUGCCAGCAGCCCCCUCACACACUGUCCUGACCCCUUACCUCGCAGGAUUUCAGAGGAGAGCGUGGAGUUCUUUGAGCGUAUGAAUGCCAUCCUGCAGAAACAGGAGAACAUGAUGCGGGCGGCCCAGGCGGAGUGCCAAAGAGGGGCCUGCACAGUUCCACCACCCCAAGAGCAUGUGGACCAGGCCUUUAUCCCCGACAGAAUCAGCAGGACAGAGCUGGACCUGCUUUAUGAGGAAGCUGUGUACACGGUGGUCAACAGGGUUGGAGUGCCCUCACCCGAACAUGUGAAAAGUGACGAUGAGCUAUUUGCUUACCUGCUGAAGGUUUUUGAUAUGGGUGAGGAAGAACAUGAAAUUAUUCUCCAAAAAGUUCAAGAAUCCAAGAGAGCUAAUUUUUCCUUGAGAGUUUCUGUUAUGAAAGCAAAGAAUCUAAUGGCCAAGGAUGCAAAUGGCUACAGUGACCCGUACUGCAUGCUGGGCAUCCUCGUGGGCCAGAGCCCUCGGGAAACGGAGGAGAAGAAGGAGAGAAAGUUCAGCUUCAGGAAGAGGAAGGACAAGCUGGAGAAACGCUCCAGCACCAAGGAAGUGUUACCAGCCAGGUGUAUUCAGGUGACUGAGGUCAAACCUGAGACUCUGAACCCAGUGUGGGACGAGCACUUCGUGUUUGAAAUAGACGAUGUCCACAAUGACCUCUUACAUCUGGACAUAUGGGAUCACGAUGACGACGUAUCUGUUGCUGAGGCCUGCAAAAAGCUCAAUGAAGUCAGUGGACUUCGAGGAAUGGGCAGGUAUUUUAAGCAAAUAGCAAAGUCAGUGCGUGCGAAUGGAUCUGCAUCAUCGGGCUCCGAGGAGAAUGUAGAUGACUUCCUCGGAUGCAUCAAUAUUCCUUUGAAUGAAAUUCCCGUUAUGGGCUACGACACCUGGUUCAAGCUUGAGCCACGCUCGAGUGCAUCUAAAGUUCAGGGAGAAUGUCACCUGAUUCUGAAGCUCUUCACCAGCCAGAGAGACACAGCUUUGUCUAAGAAGGAGACAAAUGUCUCCAUUCACAAGAAAUUGCUGAGUCAGAUUGUGGAGUAUGAGCAUGCUCAUGUUAAGCGAGAGCCGUACAACUGGAACGGGCAGGUUUCUCCUCCAGCAUGGACUGUACUAACUCACCAUGCUGUGCAAACUGAUCUCUCACCUCUGCAACAGGCUAUUAUUCGCUGGCAGUGCUACAGCAGCCACCAUCGGACCCAGAGGGUGUGCUACUCCCUGCUGCUGCGCCUCCUGAGGACUAUCGAUGCAGAGUGGGACCCUCCCGCUGUGCGGGGAGACCUAGAGAGGCAGCUGUCAGACAGCUUCAGGCUGUACACAGAGCACUGCCUGUGCCUGAUGAAGAACAUGCGUCAGGUUUUCCCCUGCACCAGCGCUGCUGCCAUUACACGCUACGAGCUCAUGCUGAGGGGGAUUGGGUACAUGCAAAACAUGCGUGCCUUUAAGACUGUGUGUCCUCUUCGAAAUGACCUGCAUCUCGACAUCACUACUGCUAUUAAGAAAGGAACUGCUGAGUGGUACGAGAGCUUAAUCACUCGAUAUAAACCAGAGGAAGGAACUCUGGAGGAACAGCUGAAGAAGCUGGUUCAGGUGAUUGAUGCUGCAUGUGCAGACGUCCAGAGGGCCCAGAACAUCUACAAUAAACUUUUCUACAGUGCAGUGAAAGUAGAUUUCUUCAGCAUAUCAUACAGACUGUUGGAAAAGCAGGUAGCUGAUGAUGUGAACGUGGCGAUGGAGCGGGUGUGUGGGACUCUCGAGCAGGAGAGCUCCAGACUGUCUCAGACAAUGGGAGAGACCAUCUUCGAGCUCUUCGUGUCCUUGAAAAUCCUCAAAGGCUUUCGAGAGUUUCUUCCUCUCAAGGAUGCUAAAAUGUUGGCCUUGACAGGUUUCCAUAACUGGUUCAAGUCCUCAAUUCACAAGUGGCUGCAGAUUGUUCACGACAGGUCCUGUGACAGGAUUCGCAAGGCAGUGGAAACAGAUAAGCUUGGACCUUUGCAGCAAGCCAAGCACAGUUCCUCAGCAGUUGAAGUGACAGCUUGCUUCAGCCAGGUACGCGAGAUCUGGGUCCAGCUGGCCUGGCCAGACUCUGCGGGGGCCUUCAUCUUUGUCACACGUUUGACAGACAAUUUCUGCAGUGAGGCCGUGUGCUACUCAGAGAUGAUAACGCACAAGAUUGAGAGGAACCAGCUGGGCCGAGACCACAAGAGUUUCACAGUGCAGCUCUGCAUCGCCCUGAACAACAUAGAGCAUGUGCGUGUUUUCCUGGGUCACCUGCCCCGGGACCUGGACUGGCAGGGUGUGGAGCGCGCCAUGGAGGAAUCAUGCGGGGUGGAGGGGAAAGAGCAGGUUUACAAGGCUCUGAAUGGACAGCUGUUCAACAUGGACCUGGAUCUGCAGAGAGAAGCUAAACGCCUCAUCACACUGCUCACUGACAAGAUGCUGCCUGAGCUGCGGAGGUACAUCCAGCACAUCAGCCUGUCUCCUGACUCCAUCAACAAUGAUGACGCUGUUUCCCCUCUCAUGAAGUACUUACAAGACACUAUGGUCAUCCUGACAGAAAACCUUGUAAAAGAAAAUCUAACCAGAGUUCUCCAGAGCAUGUGGGAGCUCCUCCUGCGGAUGAUCCUGGACACGGUCACUGAAAACAGGGGUGUCCAGGUGGAGUUUUACAACCGCUUCCAGUACACAGUAGAGACUCUGUUGCAGUUCUUUCAUGCUAGGGGAGAGGGUCUAUUCCUGGAAGACAUGAAGAGCGGAGACUACAAGGUCUUGGAUGAGGAGCUGAGGCUGAAUAAAUGUUCAUCCUUUGAGCUGAUUGAACAGUACUAUCUGGAGAAGAUUUCCCACCAGAAAACUCUCAAACAUACACGUUACGGUCGGAUCAGCGUGAAGUGCUACUAUGAUGCUCCAGAGCAGCGCCUGACAGUGGAGAUCCUGCAUGCUGCUGAUAUCAUUGCACUGGAUGCCAAUGGUCUGAGUGAUCCCUUCGUCAUAGUGGAGUUAUGUCCUCACCACCUGUUUCCUAUGGCCAAGAGUCAGCGCACGCAAGUGAAGCUUAAGACGCUGCACCCAGUGUUCGAUGAGCUCUUUUACUUCCACGUCAGUCCUGAACAGUACAGGCACAGGUUUGCCUGUUUGACCUUUACUGUGAUGGACUACGAUUGGCUGUCCACCAACGACUUCGCUGGAGAAGCCGUCGCUCCUCUCAGCGACUUCUGCUGGCCGGGGAGACCGAACGCCUCAGCGGCUGGCAAGAGCGUCCAGCCUGUCAUUCUGCAUCUGUCUCGCAGUAAACCCAGCGAGAAGCCAAUCAUGGGGAUGCUGGAAGCUCGCGUCGGGGACCGGGAGGCUCAGGAGUUUGUCCGCAGGCUGAAAGAGAUUGAGAAGUCAAUGGAGGAAGAGUAAAGGGUGACAGCGCUGCCUGUGUUGGUGUUUUCUGACCACGUCUUGCGACAUGUGCUUUUGUACUGGUACAAUGUUUACACUAUUGAAAUUAUUUUUUCCCCUCCCUGAUGUAUUGUUUGUUCAGUAAUUAUACCAAAAUGAAAAGAAAAGGAAGACAGUGAAGCAUAUUUCUGUUUUCUUACUGAAUGAACGUCCUGUCACUGUGCAACUCGAUGCUGUCUCAGUUAAACUAUAUUUUAGAAUUCAGUGGAUAGCUGAUCCUAAAUGUUACUAGUCUAUAUUUUUUGUAAUGAGGUAAUCGUUAUCUUUGUUGUAUACUCUUUGAUAUGAUAGAUUUAACAUUUUAGAACUAUUUUGUGGAAGUAGCUUACACAUCCAAUAGUAUUUAGUCAAAGUCUAUACCUCAGAUAUGCUCAUUAGUUGAAGGGAAGUUUGACAUUCUUCAUGACUUUGUGGAGAUAAAUUGUGGGAAGGACUAUUAAGAAAGUAAAACCGUGAACCCACAUUUAGUUUCCAUUUCAUAAAUUGAAUUUUAAAUAGAAAUUUGUAGUAGAACUCAUGAAAACAUAAUGCACAGCUUUGGGAAACUGCACCAGUCAUUCACUCAGCAGCAGCAGGAGCAGCAGGAGGAGCAGCAGGAAGGCUUAACGUUCCCCUGAGGCACACGCCACAGCUCGGGUUCAUUCAACUUUUCAGAUUGUUCCUCACAAAGAUUGUGAUGGGUCAGUGAAGAGACCAAAGACAGUGCUACCUUAGUGCUGGAAAGAUCUAUCAUUUGAACUCCUUCCCGUAUUUUGUGCGACACCACUUGCUCAACUGACAGAUUAACUUUACAGACAUAGCGCCAGAAACAAAUGUAUCCUUCGUGUACAAAAGGUUGAAAUGUUAGUGGAUGCUCAUUAAAAUAUGGACAAACUUUCAGAUAAUGAGGGCAUCAUAUGUGUAGCUAAUCCCUAACACUAGAUUUCAGACACUUUUUUCUGCUUUUCAAUCUGACAUGAUGUCACUGAGAGGGAUAUCUAUAAUAUGGUCAUCUCAGCAUAGAAGCUUUCCCCAUCUGAUGUACAAAGCUUUUGUUUCCAAGAGGCAGCCAAUCAGUAGAAAGUUGGCAAAGUGAGAGGAGCUUAAAGAGCUUGUUCAUCCAGAGAUACUCUAGUAGAGUCCAAGAAUAAAGAUGCAGUUAUGAAAGAGUAUAAGAGGUUCCUGCUAAACAGACAGUUGGUUCAUUUAGACAGCAGAUAUCCCAAGGAGGAAAUAACUCCUAAUAACAUUUGUACUCCAGAAGUUCAGCGUUAUUAAGAAGUCUGGUUUAUGGUAGGGGGUGUUGUUACAUUAAUGCGUCACACACAUGUCGACUUAUUAGUCACUUAUUAUUACGAUCUGAUAUCCAAGGCAGUGUGGCUGGGAGAUGGAGAGUAGAGCUUAUGAAAACAGCAGCACUGAACUCGCUGCACAUUCAAAAUUCUAAUCUAGGAGCGAGCUAUUGAAAAGCACAGUCAGGAGAGCAAUGGUAAAAAGUGGUGUCCCUCUCUGUUACCUUAGUAAUGCUUUUAUCCACAUCUUCUCAAGUGUGGAAAAUCAUGCAAUCAAGCCCACUCACCACCAAAAGACUUUCACUGCAUCUGCAAGGCCGCUGGGAAUUGCAGAGUGGAAUUGCAAAGAACAGUCGAAAGAGAGAGGCAGGACACCUUUUUAAAGUUUUUGUUAUUAAACAUGAUAAAUUAGUUGUUGUUUUUUUCAACUGAGUACAUGUGAAAUCCUUAAUAACUAUUACUCUUUGCUACAUCAGAUCUAGAUCAAUCUGAUGGGUGGGGGAAUAUAUCCCCUGACACUCUCAAAAAGUAAUACACUUUGUGGCACAGUGUGUGGCCCUAAGCCCCGAUGAAAGAGGUUAAAAAAUAUUCAUUAGGUGAAACAAUAGUGUUCAGAAAACCAUCAAACAUCAAAAGAUCUCCACUGAUCACAUUUGAACUCAUCGUAGUCCUUUUGCGAGGAAAAGAAAUGAACAUUAUGUCGUGUUCUGAAGUUUAAUCUCUUGAGGUCAAAAGGAAAUAAGGUUAAUGAACCUGCGCAGUGGCUUAAUCAUACUUAAGGGGUAAAGAAAGCUCUCCUUACCAGCAGCUGCUCUCAUGUGGCUGACAGAAAUAACACUAGCCAGUCUCUCAAAGCUGUGCCAGUAACUGAGAGGUUAGGAUGUUAAGGUGAGGGUUAAACCACACCAGAAAUCCAGCCACUAUUUAUCUUGUUAACCACAUGGGAUUGUUGUUAUAUUUUUAUGCAAUUUAAAGAUUAACAAACCAUUUUAUUUAAAAAUAUAUAUAAUAAUGGAGUAUUCUCAAUUUCACACUCAUUUAAUUCUAAAGGGCUCGUUUCCUAGGAAGGUUGAAAUAAAAAAUUAGCCAAUUAUGCUUUUAAAAAGAGGCUUUUUUAGUAAACCUCAUAUUUACUUUUAAAGGGGAGGUUGUGGAUUAAUGAGCUUAAUUUCAGUCUUUAGUGUUAGAGGUCGGGUGACAUUGAGAAUAAUAUCAACAACUCAAGCCAUCUUUCAGCAAACAAAAUUUUAAAAAAGGAACAAAACAUUGAAAACGAGCGGAGUACUUUGCAAAGAAAUCAGCCGCCCCUCAUUUAUUUGACUUUUGCUAGGAAAUUGAGAAAUACAUGCAGACAUUUGUUGAAACAUGUCUUAUCACACCUGGAAAUACAACAUAUUUUAGAAGUCAGUACUCGCUAUGACCACCUUUAUUCUUCGACACAAGCCAAAUUCUCUUAAGCAGCUUUCUUGUUUUUUCUUUAAGUUGUCUGCUGGAAUAGUUCUCCAGGUUUCUUGAAAAUGUUAAGGUCUGACUCAACACUAAUUCCACACCUUGAGAUAUGAACCUUUUUUUAUGCUUGAAUGAGUCAAUUGAUAGGUUCAUAGGUCAGUGUUAAGUGGCUUAACAAACAAGCAGUCAAUGUCAAAAGAAAAAAUCAGAAAGAGCAUCAGAAAGGCUGGAGAACUAUUGCUCAAGACCACUUGAGUCUGCAAGGAAGGAAAAUAAAAACAAAUGAGGGGUGGCUCAAGAGUUCUGCCGAGUACUGUACCUUUAAUUAUUUUCAUUGACAACCAGAACUUUUAAAUUGGAGGUUUAAAGCUAUAUUUUUCUAGGAAAUUGCCCCUAAUAUCAAAAAUGUAGCUCAAGUUUUACAGUUGCAAUGCACUAGAAACUCUGAACAGUCAUCUGCUGUUGUAACAAGCUACUUUCAGCUGCUCCCUUGGUACAAGGGGUCACCACAGCGGGUAGCUCUGCAUGUUUGAUCUGGCAGAGUGUUUCAUGCCAGUUGCCCUUCCUGACGUGACCCCAAAGGGGAUUUGAGACCUAUGUUAAAAGCAUUUAAAAAACAGGAAUACAUUCGGGUUAUUGGAAAGUAUUAAAAUCGCAGUUCUAAUUACGAAUGGAACCUUUUUUAGACGAGACAGCGGGAUCACAGAGUAGUAACAGAGGUGUAGUGAAGAAACACUGAAAAAACACUGUAGCAAGUACUUAGCACCAAAAUCUUCACACCGACAGCAUUUUGAUAGUGAUGUAACUUUACAGUAGCUGCUUGUGUAGUGCUUUGUCGUUAACCUGUGGAGUCGUGAGGAUGAAGCACCCAAAAAACCAUAUCUAUGCCUGGAGAGUGUGCUGCAUUUACAGGCAUUAUUAAAGCGUUCGAUAAGCCUGCCUUACAAACAGGAGCUGGGAAUGCUUUCAGUCCAUCUGAAGAGCACUUGGCUUUACAUUUAGUUCUUAGGAUAUUUCAGGUAGAAUAGUGUUGGCGUUGUUGCAGAAAAAAAAAAUCACCCAGCAUCUCCACUGUUAAGUCUGCAGGUUUUCAUAGGCGUGAUAAAAGGAUGUAACUGUGAUAUUUGAGUGAGUACCAGUGUUGCGAUUAUAUUUUCUCCAUAUUAUUUUAAAACCAGUUCUUCUGGCCAGAUGUUUACAAAGAAAAAUGCAACCUCACUUUGAGCGUAAGCAACUAUUUUAAAGUCAAAUAAAUGUUAUAAGAUAAGUCUUAUAUUGUAGGAUCAACAUGCAGGAGUAAGUUGCAUAUUUAUAGUCAAAUUAAAACUAACACUGAUGAUUUUAAAUUUUAGAAAAAGAAGCAAAAACCUUUUUUUCCAGAAUGCAGUUGAAGAACGCAACUAUAUUUUCCAGUUAUUAAAGAUUUGUCUAUACUCAGUCACAGUUUUGUAAAUUUCCUAACGUUGCCCUUAGACAGGCAGAUCCGGUCAGUAUUAUUAUGGAUUUGUUCUGCUGAUUAUUCAGAAGCAAAUGAAACAUUUUGGUCGUUAAAUGUUCAGUUAAGUCAAAGUGUUAACAUAGUGUUUGUUCAUUGAAAACGAUGUAAAAUGUUUAGUUCUGAAUAUACAGGAAGUGUGGCAAAGGAAAUCAGACUGUGAAUCAACACACCGUCAUUAUGACCUAGUGUCACGGCUUAACCAAUAGUUUAUUUAAACUAUUAUGUGAUAUGUUGCUGAGUUGAGCACUUUCUUUGGUCGUUUCGAUUCAAAGGCACUGCUGGUGAAAAGUAUCUGCAAGAGGCAAAACUCUUUCAAUUUGUUAUUGUGAAAGUGAAUUAUUUGUCCUUGAAUUGUAAAUGCCUGUGUUGCUGUUUAUUGGAUUAUACCUUUGGGAAAUGUCUACAAACCCAAUAAAGAUUGUAUUUAACUUUAAA